AUGUUAACUUCCGAUAGUGAAUUAGAUUCAUCUAGAUCGAUCGAUAAUGAAAAAUCAAGAAAAUAUUCUCGCGAAUGUCGAAUAUGUGGAGCUCCGGCUGAAUAUAGAUAUUUUGGUAUUAUUGCAUGUACUUCAUGCAAAACAUUCUUUAAACGAAAUGCUAAUUCUACAAAGAUACGAUUUAAAUGUGAUAAUAAUGAUCAAUGUAAAAUCAAUAUAAAUAAUCAUCAUAUAUGCACUUCAUGUCGACUUGCUAAAUGUUUUCAAUGUGGAAUGAGUACCGACAUGUUUCGAGCACCAAGACAAACAAAACCAAAAUCGAUUAGUCUAGUUAUAGCACAAAUAAAGGAUCAACCAGAACGGGAAAUUUUACAAUCGGAUCGAUCAUUAUUGACUACUGAUCAAUGGACUCUUCUCUCCAAUUUAUUUCAUAUUUAUAAUGAAAGCCAGCUUUCAUCAAUCGGCCAAUGUUUAAUAGACACAUCUGCUGUUCUACAAUCUACUAAUAUAAGCUGUCAAUCACUGAUGCAAGAAUUCUUAACAUGCAUUUAUGAAACAACAGGAACUUAUCUUCGUUUCAAUGAUGAUCUUCGUAAACUAUCAUUUGAUAAUCGUUCGAUAACACUUUCUAAUGUUGCAAACAAUGUAUCCUGUCUGGGUUGUGCAUUCGUCGUGCAACAUUUUCAUUUAUUUGCUCUGGAAAUUUUCUCAAAUACUUUGGAAGUUAUGUAUGGAAAACCUACAGUCGAUAUUUAUCGCUGGACGAUGAAAUUUAUCGAUCUAGAUAUUGUUUUGAUUAAAUUAGCACUCUCAUUGUUUGUUUUUUCUGGAAAUACUUGUUCAUAUUCUCCGAAUAUCUCAACAGAGUUAACAGAUCCAAUUAUUAUAUUAGAAAUUCAAAAUAAAUAUGCUGAAAUAACAUGGAAAUAUCUUCUCUAUAGAUAUGGUCAUUAUCAAGCUGUUCAACGAUUUCUUAAUAUAAUAUCUUGGCUUGAAGCCCUCACAAUUUUUGUCUUUCAUACACAAAAUCUUACAACAUACAUCAAUGAAAUAGAUUUACUCGCUGAACAAACUGAACUUACACUUAUAUUAGAUGAUAUUGAUCAAAUACUUCCAACAAAUUAA